AUGGGCAAUUCUACGCGGGAGGGGGCCAGCACAUCAUCCUUUCAGGCCGGGCCCCCCGGGCGGCCCCCACUUGGGAGGGAUCAGCUGGCACAGGUCCUUCCGCCAUUAAAAACUUCGGCAAACGAGGUCGCAGUGAUCGCGGCACCGUCAGACAACCCAUAUGUGACAGCACUGGCGUCCGAGGCGAAUCGCAUAGCCAAGGGUAUAUGGACCCAUUCGGCUUGGGAACAAAGGGUGUCCAUCAUGCGAAGAUUCUGCGACUUCACAAAAAGGAACGAUCUCGAGGUUCGGGAGGAAAACGUUCCUCUUUUUAUUGUAAGUCUACAACUCACCAAGAGCAGCGCGGUGCAAUACACAAGAACUUUGUUGACCUUACUGGCUUCAGGGAGAUCACCGGCCUGGAUGUUUUUGGCCGGUCUUCAAAGGAAAGCUGCCGCAGACCCCAUAAAACGGGCCCGCCCCAUGGAGAGGUGGGAAUUGGAUCUCAUCAGCGAUAUUUUAACCUUGGAAAACGACCGGGUUGCCCUGCGACUCGCUUGGGUUACAGCCAGUCGGUGGGGCGAAAUCGCUCUACUCCAAAAUGAAAAUUUCAUUCCCCACCCUCAAACCAAGGAAGCCCCCAUUGUAGACGGGGCGCCCUCCCAAAGACAUUCAAAACCGACCCCCACAGAGCGGCACGACAUGUGGACAUUGGUGGGGACGAUGCAAAAAGGGCAAGAUGUGUCACCAAGAGAAUGGUGGAGGGGAACGGCCCACAACGUUAACCACAAGAGGCAUGGAAAAUGUACUCCGCCCCUUCGUCAUGACAGUGCAUUCCAUAAAAAGAGGGGCACUGGCGCAUGCAGCCGCAGCAGUGAUUGA